GUCAAAACAGAGGCCUCCCGUUUCACCUUCAUCUUCUCCCUUUCUCUCCGUUAGCUGGCUAUCACGACCUUUUCUUCCUCUCUUUCUUUAUUUCUACCGUAUACACUGUCUGGCCGGUACCGGACGCCACUCCUUUGCACUUCAACUCUUCAGGCUUCACAGACACGAUGGGCGAGAACUGGUUUCAGAGGGAGUUUCUCCAUGCGCGGCGAUUGACAUUCAACAUUCUCUUCUACGGCACCCAUCUCUUUUUCUUCGCUUAUGGAUGGCACAGUCAGGAAACAAACCAGAAGCUUGCUGCUUUGAACGGCCUCAAGUACUCUGUCUGGGUAUCUCGCGGUGCCGGCCUCGUCCUUGCCUAUGAUGGCGGUCUCAUCCUCGUUCCCAUGCUCCGUAACAUCAUUCGUUUCGUCCGGCCCAAGCUCGCUUGGCUUUUCCCUGCCGACGAGAACAUCUGGUUCCAUCGUCAAGUUGCCUAUUCUAUGGCCUUCUGGGCGAUGGUCCACACCACGGCGCACUAUGUCAACUUUAUCAACGUCGAGAUUACCCAGGUACGGCAGGAGAGAGCCCUAGACAUUCACUACACCCAAGCUGGAGCCAUCACGGGCCACUUCAUGCUCCUCAUCAUGCUUUUGAUGUACACCACGGCACACCACAAGAUGCGCAACCAGUGCUUUGAGGCGUUCUGGUACACCCACCACCUGGCAUUCUUCUUCAUGAUCGGUCUCUAUGCGCACGCGACUGGUUGCUUCGUCCGCGAUUCCGUCGACCCAGACUAUAUCUCCUCCUUCCCGUUCUACUCUACCGAGCACUGUCUUGGUUAUGAAAGCUGGAGGUUCACUAUCUGGCCCGGUGUUCUCUACUUCGGCGAGAGAAUUUGGAGAGAAAUCCGUGCGAGGCAGCCAACGAGACUGUCAAAGCUGCUUGUCCACCCGAGUGGUGCGAUGGAGUUGCGUAUUGUCAAGCCGAGUUUCAAGUACACCGCCGGGCAAUGGCUCUUCAUCCAGGUCCCAGACAUUUCUGGCUUCCAGUGGCAUCCGUUCACCAUCACCUCUGCACCAGAAGACCCCUAUGUCUCCGUUCACAUCCGUCAGGUUGGUGACUGGACUCAAGCCCUGGGUGAGCGAGUAGGUGCCGGCCCCUCCGUCGUCGCUCAGCUCACCCAGGCUGCCAUGAAGGGCGGUGAGAAGGAGGAGAAAUCGUCUGUCUUUGGUCGUGGAGACUUUGUCGAGCUUGACACUGGGUCUGUCAGCCGUGGUUUACCCACUGUCCGCAUCGAUGGUCCUUAUGGCGCUCCUGCUGAGGAUGUGUUCGAUGUGGAAGUCGCUGUCCUUAUUGGUGCUGGUAUCGGUGUUACCCCUUUCGCUUCCAUCUUGAAGCACAUCUGGUACCGUCAGCGAAAUGGUAACUUGGGCUCACUCCGCCGAGUCGAGUUCUUCUGGGUUUGUCGCGACGCGCCCUCGUUCGGUUGGUUCCAAAGUCUGUUGCAGGAAGUCGAAGCUGCCCAAGCCGAUCCCAACUUCCUCCGCAUCAACAUCUACCUGACACAGAAGAUUGGUGAAGACAUGCUGUGGAACAUCGCGAUCAACGACGCCGGCGCAGAAUACGAUCCCCUGACGCUUCUUCGCUCGCGCACCAUGUUCGGUCGUCCGGAUUGGAGUGGUAUCUACAAGCAGAUGCGCAUGGCCAUCGAGGCCGGUCAAUACAUUCCUGGCAGCAACUCUCAGCUGAAGACCACCGUCGGGACAUACUUCUGUGGUCCGAGCGUCCUCGCGAAGGCGAUCAAGGAGGCCACCGUCGAACACACAUGCUCAAAUGUGAACUUCACGUUCGCAAAGGAGCACUUCUAGAGCCUCUCGUACUUCUACCAUGGGAUUCCGUCGAGAAGCGUCUUCCUCGUUUAUCGCACCCCGCCCCUCCUUUUCUGUUCCUCGCUUUUCUUUGCUCUUCCAUGUCGUCGCCUGAGCCUGAGGCACAUCGCAUUUGAUAUGCGGUGUCUGAGUGUAUUAUGGUACCUGCUUGAUCUACUCGGUGUAAUAAUACGCGUCUUGUUUUCGGCU